UUGAAAGUUGCACGUGGGUCGUUUCACGAUUUUCUCCCAAAAAUUCUUGAUUUUCCCUUAUUUUCGAAACAUUAUAAAUAUCUUACUGUUACUAAUCGUUGGUUUUAACAGCCAAGCAAUAAGCUAUGGGCAGAAUCCGUGAUUUCGCAGAUAGACCAAAGCGUGGACCUGGUCGAAAGGCGAAAAUGCAGAAGCCACCGGAGUUUGAACUCCCGAAACACCUUCGCCACCUCGUGAAGAAUGAUGAACCAAAAGUCAACCAACCUCUUGGGAGGAGAGCAAAGAAAAGGUUGGCCAAGAAACUUGCAAAAACUGGGGACAAAAAAGCUUCUGUACAAGAGGAAGACACAGGCUCAAGUGGCUUUUCAGAAGCAGACUCAUCAGACAAUGAUGUGGACUUCCUGGCCCAAGAAGCAGCAGAAGGUUCGAGCCCUGAGGAAAGUGGUGAGGAGGAGGAGGAGGUUUCUGAUGAUGAGGGUGAGGCUGAUAGUGAUGAUGAGGCUGAAGCAGAUAGUGAUGAAGUUGAAUCUGAUGAUGAUGAUGAGGAGGAGGAAAGUGAUGAUGACGAUGAGGAGGAAAGUGAUGAUGAUGAUGCCAAGGGUUACACUGAUGAGAACCAGGCGUGGUUGAAGCCAAGUAAGAAGUCCAAGUUGAUGGAUUCAAGUGACGAGGAAGACAUGGACGAUGACUUUGACGUUGACAGUGAUGAAGAUGAGGAUGAUAGUGAUGCUGGGGAUAGCGAUGAUAGUGAUGAUGAUGACGGGGAACCAGAGGAGAAUGAGGAUGGGGAAGAGCUCUUGCCUAUCGAGAAGAAAUCAAAAAAGUUGAUUAAGAAACAGAAGAAGGAGAUGAAAAUGGCGGAGGCUGAGAUGCAGACCAAUAUUGCAUCAUCUGAAAAAUUUGUGCUUCCAAGUGGUCAGGAGGUUGAAAAAGAAGUGAUGGCAGCACCUGAUCUUGCACUCGUUCAACAAAGAAUCAAGGACAUCUCGCAGGUUCUUGGCGACUUCAAGACUCGGCGCGAGGAAGGCCGCUCGAGAAAGGACUACCUGACCCAGUUUAGGAAGGACCUGUGCAUGUAUUACAGUUACAAUGACUUUUUGAUGGAGAAACUGAUGGAGUUGUUCCCACAAGAGAUCAUUGAGUUCCUUGAAGCGAACGAAGUUGACCGACCAGUCACUCUCCGCACGAACACACUUAAGACUCGUCGACGAGACUUGGCCCAGGCGUUGAUCAACAGAGGUGUCAACCUUGAUCCCAUCGGCAAAUGGUCCAAAGUUGGUCUCCUUGUGUACGAUUCUCAGGUGCCCCUCGGUGCCACCCCAGAGUACUUAGCUGGCCACUAUCUCCUGCAGGGGGCGUCGAGUUUUCUACCAGUCAUGGCGCUUGCCCCCCAGGAACACGAGAAGAUUCUUGAUAUGGCUGCUGCUCCCGGUGGAAAGACAACCUAUAUUGCUGCCCUUAUGAAGAACACUGGUGUUCUGUUUGCUAACGAUGCCAACGAGGCACGCGCGAAAGCCAUUGUCGGAAACACUCACAGGAUGGGAAUAACAAACACAGUCAUAUGUCACUAUGAUGGCAGACAAUUUCCUAAGAUUAUGAAUAAUUUCGACCGUGCUCUGCUGGAUGCUCCUUGUAGUGGCACAGGUGUCAUAUCCAAAGAUGCCGGAGUCAAAUCAAACAAGGAUGCUAAAGAUAUCCAGCGGUGCUCUCAUAUCCAGAAGGAGUUGCUCCUAGCUGCAAUUGAUUGCUGUGAUGCCAAGUCCAAGACAGGAGGUUACAUUGUUUACUCAACUUGUUCAAUAUUGAUUGAGGAAAACGAAUGGGUCAUCGAUUAUGCCUUAAAGAAGAGAAACGUCAAACUGGUGCCAACUGGUCUUGAUUUUGGAAGAGAGGGAUUUAACCGGUUCAAGGAGCAUAAAUUCCACCCCAGUAUGAAGCAUACGAGACGGUUUUAUCCACACACACACAACAUGGACGGAUUCUUUGUUGCAAAGUUGAAGAAGUUCUCCAAUAAAAUCCCGGGAAAAGGAACAGAUAAAGCAGAGGAGCAAGAAACCGACCUGACGACAGAAAGUGAAGCGGUGGAGAAUGGUCACACUGAAUCCCCAGAGGGUAAACCAGCCAAAAAAGGGAAGAAAGCAAAGCAGAAAGGGAAGAAACCAGCAACAGACGGAGGUGGAAAGUCUCCCAAGAAAGGGAAGAAAAUGAAAUCUGGUGUCAACAAACCAUCGCCUAAAAAAAGUGAUACAGUAAUGGAGAACGUUGGUGUUGCUAAAAAAACUGAAAAGAAACAGAAAAAGAACGUGAAAUCAGUAGUGUCUGUGGCCGUUGAAACGAAAGACGCUGUUGUGAAAUCUAGUGUUACGCCAAAAUCAAACGUGAAAGAUCGGACUCCUGUUUUGAAAGACCGGACUCCUGUUAUGCAACAGGCAGCAACUCCUAGUAGCUCGAAGAAGGAAAACAAAAGGGAUAAAUCUCUAAUGGAAAAAUUGGAUUCUACUCCUGUGAAAAAAACUGCACCAGCUCCAGAAGUUAGUGUGAAAAGUGUUGAAAAGGGCUCAGAAUUUAGCAAAAAGAAACUUCUGAAACAGAAGCGGAAAAGUGAGGGGGGAGCGAUAUUGGGUGGAGGCAAAAAGGCUAAGAGGGAAGGGUUUAGGACACCUUGAUGUGGUGGUUGAGUAAGUUAGAAUCUUGACCACAAAGUCUAGUUUGGAGCCUUGUGUUCAGGGGGGCAGGAUACAUUGAGGUAUGGAAUGUGUCUCACAUUUGCUGAAAACUUUUGUGUCUGAUAUCAGUUUGUCCUGGUAAAGUCUUGUCAAUGCAAGGAGUGCCUUAGAUCAUGUGAGACGGACCAUCUGGUGCAGAAGUGGAAUGACUGCCAUUCUUAUGAAAAACCCAACUCCCGAGUUAGAUUAUUACAAAUCAAUUUGUUAUAUAAGCUGUUUCAUAAAAUAUAAGUGUCUACUUUUAUGAAAUAAAAUCU